ACUAAAUACGCAAGACAAGACGUUAUACUAAAAAAAUUAAUUAUCGACAAGCCGAUUGUUAUUUGACAUAAAGUUAAAAUGACUUCGGGAAGAAUUAGAAGCGCAUUCGUGGUAAUUGAUGGCGAAGAAGAAGCGCUAGAAACAAUAAUAACUAUACCGCCCGAUGGUGGAUGGGGAUGGGUUGUAAUGGUGUCAUCAUUCUUUUGCAACAUGAUAGCAGAUGGACUGGUGUUCAUGUUUGGCGUCUAUUUGGAUGAUAUAAGUAAAACGUUACGAUCCGACCCAACUUCUGUAGCUAAUAUCAACUCCGCUAUGACAGGAGUCUACUCCUUUGCCGGGCCAUUUGCAAGUGCUCUAACCAACCGUUAUGGUUUCCGAACUGCUGCUGUUGUAGGAUCGCUGAUAGGAUGUGCGGGAUAUCUUCUCACUUCCCAAACCAUAGAAAUUUGGCAAUGUUACUUAACGCAUGGUGCGCUUACUGGUGUGGGCACCGGCCUGUUGUACGUUCCAUCGAUUGUUGUCGUGGGUUUCUACUUCGAGAAAUGGAGAGCCCUGGCAACGUCAAUAGCAGUUACAGGCUCUUCAGUUGGGAUGAUUGUAUUUCCCGUAAUAAUUAACUUUAUACUUACUGAUUACAAAUGGAGUAUUCAUUUCAUGGUGUUUGGGGCACUUUUCGGCUUAUGUCUGAUUUUCGCCCUCGUUUAUAAACCCCUGGAGCCGGUCAGAAUUGAACCAACCGUUGAGAGAAGAGUCACAUUUGACCUUAGCAAUAUGCCCUCCAGAUACAACAACGCCUCGUUUCCAACGAAUGCUGCAGUGUAUAAUAAAGAAAACAUGACUUUUAUUCCGUUAAAACAGGAAUCAUCUGAAACGAUUUACAGCGGAACUAUUUCAGAUAGUUCCAGAGAAUUUGCUUCUGGAUUUUUUUCUAGACUUGCCUUUUCCAGUAGAGUACAUCAAAUGUCCCGUGAAAGGAACAUAAGCAAGUGCGCUGCAUGUUGCAGACUAUGUUGUCGAAGGAAAGUUAGAAUGAAGCCCGUUUCUAGACCAUUCUACAGGGAUGACGCUUUUUAUACCGGUUCGUUGGCUAUUCUUCCGGACUAUAAGAAAUCUCAAUUGGCAACACAAAGGAAUGUAUAUGAGAAAUCUGCAAUAGAUUACCAUAUCUCAGUUACCAGAACUGCCACCGCGGCAGAUCUUUACGCGAAACAUCAUGCAUGUGCCUGUUGUCCAGACUCUUGCAGACGAGUGCUGGUAACAAUGCUGGAUUUGUCAAUUUUAAAAUCGAUACCAGUACUGUUGGUGGUCUUCAGCGGACUUUUCACGACAGCAGGACAAUAUAUACCUUUCACUUAUAUUGUCCCAAGAUCAACUCAAGUCGGCAUAAAUGACAUGGAUGCAAAAAUGCUCAUUUCAAUCAUGGGCAUUGCAAAUUGUGUAGGAAGAAUUUCGAGUGGAAUAUUAUCGACAAUUCCAGCGAUUGAUCCUUGCUGUCUAACAGCAGUAAUGCUGCUGAUCGCCGGUGCCGCUACGUUAUCUUGUUCCGUUUCUAAUACCUUCUGGUACCAGUCACUCACCUGUGCCAUUUUUGGAUUUUGUAUUGUAUUUUUUUGUAGCUGGUCCGGUUUCAUUGAGAUCAGUGAUAAUAGUGGAAUUAAUAGGAUUGUCAAGAUUGACCAGUGCGUUUGGAUUAUGUUUGGUGUUCUUGGGAAUUGGUUGUUUCGCCGGUGUACCUUUGGCAGGAUUUUUUGUCGAUAUGACUGGCAGUUUCGAUUAUGGUUUCUAUUUUGCUGGAGGGGUUAUUGUUCUAAGUGGAAUACUUUUAAUACCAGUCAAACCGAUCGCUAAGAAAUAUCCGCAAACUGUUGAGUUUCUAAAAUAGCGAAUUAAAUCUGUUAAUUGUGUAGUUGACUUACUAAUAGACAAUAAUGUAAUUUUAUUAUAGAGGUAAUAAUAUCUCCCAUUUAAUUUUGAAUAAAUCUCUCACAGGAAAAUCUUAAUGUAGCAAAUACGAUAACUCUAUGUCUUUAACAUUGACAAUUUCAAACAAAGAAGAUAACAUUGUACUUUCAUUUAUUUUCUAUUUUUUAUUUUUAAUAUCCAUACACACUCCUAUAGCACGAAGAACCAAUAUAAAAAAAGGAAAAACUGUUCAAGUAUCUUCUGUUUAUAAAAAGUGAUAAUAAAUAUGCACACUCGGUCACAUGUAGUUCCACGAGAAGCGGUCACGAGUGGUCUAUGUCGACAUCGUCACCACGCGUAGUCGCUACUAUUCUCUACUGAAAGGCACUGGUGGCUUAUCAGUCAAAAAGACGAAACCAAUGUGAUAAUUAAAAUUGUAAUGAUGCAGAAAGCACUUAAGUAUGGCAGCUAACGAAGCGUGUGGCUGCUUCCGGUAGCGACUACAAGUGGCUAAUUGUAUUAACGGCCUAUAAGAAAUACUGACACCGCUGGCCAUGAUGUAAAAAGCACUAAGGCAAGCUGCCAACGAAGUUUCUGGCUGCUUCCGGUAGCGAUUACAAGUGGCUAAUUGUACUAGCGGCCUAUAAGAAAUAUUGACGCCGCUAGUAAUGAUGCAGAAAGCACUGAAGCAUGGCUCCUAACGAAACGUGUGGGUGCUUCGGGGAGCGACUACAAGUAGUCAAUUGAACUGACGGCCUAUAAGAAGCACUGACGCCGUUGACCACGAUGUGAAAAGCACUAAGGCAUGCUGCCAACGAAGCUUGUGGCUGCUUCAUGUAGCGACUACAAGUGGCCAAUUGUACUAGCGGCCUAUAAGAAAUACUGACACCUCUGGCCAUGAUGCAGAAAACACUAAAACAUGGCGAAACGUCUACAAUUACGCAAAGAACACACAAAAAUUCAGCCUGUUGUAUGGAAUACCACUACUUACCCCUCGGAUAUUGAAGAGCCAGUGAUUGUUUCUGUAUAUAAUAACAAAAAGCAAAUACAUAACAACUUAAAUAAUAAUUAAAAAACACAAAUAUAACAGCGUUUAUUCAGAUAACAUUAUCAUUGUUAUUAUAUAUAAAAAUGUUAUAGCUGGAUACAAAAAUAGUACCUAUAUACAUAUGUAUUUAUAGCAUAAGACCCAUUUAAAGGUCCAUCAUGGAAAGCGUAUUAUACAAAAAUAUUAAAUUAUUGAGCAACUAACAACUUACUUAUUUACAAAGGAAAUUAUUAUUAUUAUUAU